CCCAGUCCCAGCCCAAAACCAGCUUUGCUAUUGCACCACGCCGCUGCGACAUAUCUAUCCCGUACACUAUAAUACCACACUUCCGGCCGCCCUGUCUGACACCCCCCAUAAUGCAAGCCUUCGGUGAGGAAUGUCUCUUCGGCGCUCCGUCGCUUUUGCGACACAGACGCUCACUGUCACCGUAGUACCAAAGACCCGUCGACCCAAGUUCGAUCUACACCUCAAACUCAUCGACCUUAACAACGUCCCACUCGUCUCCGGAUCGUCCUUCAUAAAAUGGCACCUCACACACUCAACAGCGGCUGAGCAUCGCGGUCGCACGGAUAAGAAGCCUAUAAAAGACCACAAGGUCGUUUACGACUACGAGGUUACCUGCCCAGUCCGACUCACGGUCGAUAAAAAUGGCAUGCUGCAAGAGGCCUGGAUAGAAUUCGAAGUAAUACAGGAGUACGCAGGUGGAGGCCGCGGAGAAAGGAUAGACUUGGGAAACGUAAAGCUCGACCUUGCUGAGUAUGUGGAGCCGAGUGAGAUAUCCCGGACAAAUGGUGAAGAGCCAGGAGUUACGAGGAGAUACCUCAUGCAGGACAGCAAGAUCAACAGUACGCUCAAGAUUGGCAUAUACAUGAAGCAAACAGAGGGCGAUAAGAACUUCAUCAGUCCUCCACUGCGAACCGCACAGGUUUUUAGCGGCAUUGCGGGUAUUGUGUCGGGCGAUCAGGUCGAUCCGGAGGAGACUGGUGUCACAUCAUCUCUCAAUAGCAGAACGCAGGAAACCGGAGAGCUACAAGAUAUGUACAGGCGAACGCUGGCGGCAUACUGGUCAGCUCAGCCUGGAGAGUUAAAGGCGGACGAAUGUAUUGAAGACAUAUUCGCUGGCGGCACCGGAUGGGGAGAUCGAGAAAAGCCAUACGAGUCACAGCAGCACGGCAUACGUUUCAUGACAGGCGAUGGUUCCAGCUCUAUGAGCGAAAAUGAAAGCCGUCGCCGGCGAGGCCUCAGUGUGAAUCGCAAAUCGCAUGAAACAUUGCGGCCUGGCGAUACACGAAGACAUUCGCCGGGAGUUCGCGGCAGAGGAAGCUUGGAGCAGCAGGCCCAACACAUGAAGAUCGAGGCAGAGAGAAAUCGAGCAAAACGUCACCAAGGGGUAGACGAGUUCGAUCUCAGGGAAGAUCUAUGUAGUUGGAAACUUCCAAUAUAAAAAACGGCCCAUCCCAUAAAAAGGACGUCAUCUAGAAGAGACGCGAUCAUUACCAGCGCCCUGACACGUGAGUUGGCGACAACGAACUUGCGGGGCUUGGCAUUACCGAGCGGCGAAAAAAGUUCCGAUCUUUUAUGUAGAAAUGAUAUGACCAUGUCGCAUGCUUUUGUGAUCAC